GGCGGCUGCUGUCGGGGCUUCGCUGCUCCUCCUCCUCCUCCUCCCGCGCUUCCUUCUCGCCGGCGCGCGUUAUACACAAAGCCAUGGGGUUUCAGGAGCCCGGCGUGCCUUUGACCCUUCUCCUCUGGAUUACGGCUUCUUCCUGGGGCUGCUUACCCGGCGUGGCGGCCGGCGGGGCUGCUGCUGCCGCUGCCGCCGCCGCGGGAGAGGCGGCUCGCAGGCAGGACGACUCCUUCUCGGCGGCCAGCGUCUACGGAGCGAGGUGCACCUCCAGGUGCCUCAGCCUGCAGAUCACGCGCAUCUCCGCCUUCUUCAAGCAUUUCCAGAAUAAUGGUUCCUUAGUCUGGUGCCAGAAUCACAAACAGUGUUCAAAGUGUCUGGAGCCCUGCAAAGAAUCCUGGGACUUGAAGAAAAACCAUUGCCAAAGUUUCUGUGAGCCUCUUUUCCCCAAGAAGAACUACGAAUGCUUAACUAGCUGUGAAUUCCUCAAAUACAUCUUGUCGGUGAAGCAAGGAGACUGCCCAGCACCUGAGAAGGCCAGUGGCUUUGCGGCUGCCUGUGUUGAAAGCUGUGAGGCUGACAGCGAAUGCUCUGGCGUGAAAAAAUGCUGUUCCAAUGGAUGUGGACAUACAUGCCAAGUACCCAAAAACUUAUACAAAGGUGUUCCUUUGAAACCCAGAAAAGAAUUAAAAUUCAGUGAACUUCAAUCUGGACAGCUGGAAGUGAAGUGGUCUUCAAAAUUCAAUAUCUCUAUUGAGCCUGUGCUUUAUGUGGUGCAAAGGAGAUGGAACUAUGGGAUUCAUCCCAGCGAAGAUGAUGCUACCAGUUGGCAAACUGUAGCUCAGACUACAGAGGAGAGAAUACAACUGUCCGACAUCAGGCCAAGCAGGUGGUACCAAUUCCGAGUGGCUGCCAUUAACGUGCAUGGAACUAGAGGCUUCACAGCUCCUAGCAAACACUUCCGCUCUUCAAAAGACCCAUCAGCUCCACCUGCGCCAUCUAAUCUCCGAAUUGCCAACUCAACAGUGAACAGUGAUGGAAGUGUAAGUGUCAAGAUUAUUUGGGAUCUUCCAGAGGAACCUGACAUUCCAGUCCAUCACUACAAAGUCUUCUGGAGUUGGACAGUCAACAGCAAGUCUUUUGUACCAGCUAAAAAGAAGAGAAGGAAGACGACAGAUGGGUCCCAGAAUUAUGUAGUUCUCGAAGGCCUACAGCCGAACAGUAACUUCAUGGUGGAACUGCAGGCAGUUACAUACUGGGGUCAAGUACGCCUGAAAAGUGCCAAAGUGUCUCUUUACUUCAGUUCCACUCAGACAGCUAUUAACAAAGAACAGGUAUCUAUAGUUGAGAAAGCAGCUGAUGCUGCCCCAUCCUUUAAAGGAAGAAGACCCACUCGUCUUCUUGAAAUCGGAGUGCCUUUUUAUCAAGAUGAUCAACUUCAGGUGAAAGUCUAUUGGAAGAAAACAGAAGAUGCCAGCAGCAGGAGCAGAUAUCAUGUCCAAUGGUUCCCAGAGUCUUGUUUGCACAAUGAUACAAAAGGGUCUGAAAAAUCCAGUGGUAUAACAUAUGAAAACUAUAUAAUUCUUCAAGACCUGUUAUUUUCCUGCAAAUACAAAGUUACAGUCCAGCCAGCAAGAUCCAAAGGCCAAUUAAAGGCUGAAAGUAUUUUCUUUACUACUCCGCCUUGUUCUGAUCUUAAAGGAAAGAAGCACAAGCACAUCAGUUGCCCCACUGAAGGAGUUCCAGUUGUCCCCAAAGUGUUGGCCAAGCCCGAGAAUCUUUCUGCCUCUUUCAUUGUUCAGGACAUCAACAUUACUGGGCACUUUUCCUGGAAAAUAUCAAAAGUAAAUCUUCACCAACCCAUGACAGGGUUCCAGGUCACUUGGGCAGAGGUUACAACUGAGAGCAGACAAAACAGCUUGCCCAACAGCAUUAUUUCCCAGUCACAAAUACUGCCUGUAGAUCAUUAUGUUCUGACAGUUCCCAACCUGAGGCCAUCGACCCUCUACCGUUUAGAAGUACAAGUUCUGACAACAGGUGGAGAGGGACCAGCUACAAUAAAAUCAUUCCGAACACCUGACUUGCUGAUGUCUCCACACAGACCUCAUCUGAAGCAACACCACUCACAUCAUUAUAAGCCACCACCUGAAAAGUACUAAAUUGCAUUGGAUUAUUAACUAACUG